AUCGUCGGCUGGGAGCCCACGGACCGAUCGCUGUCUGCGAAACAAAUUGAUCAAGUUCUCAUCGCAGGUUGCGGAGUGACCAUGACUCAUUCGGUGAGCUGGCCAGCACGGACAGGACCGUCAUCAGCUGAAAAGAGCGCUUGACAGAAUGGAAUGGUUAGGGGUCAUAAAAAAAAGAUGAACCGACUGAAUGGGUCAAUUCGCUUGACAUUGUUGAUUUUUUUAAAAAAUUGAACACUGAGGAUUGGCUAAAACCCAUGAACAACAUCAGAGGUAGGUGUUAUGUAUGAUUCUACACAAUUAUUCAGCGGUUACAGUGAGGCUCUGCUUUGAUCGGGAUCGGGAGUGAAUUUAGUGGGAGAAGUGAGACCUGACAUGUUCAUGUGAACGAGACAAUCAUUGUCCAAAUGGAUUCAGAGAAACAAUGCUGUUGCCUUCAAACAGAAAUACUCUCCAGGAUGGUUUCCACUGAGUGCGAGCAGAAGACAUCUUUCACCCCGGUAGUGGCAUGUGAAAUACCCCACGGGGCAGUGACUCGUCACCGAUCUCUCUCAAACAAGAGAACACAGCAGAUGCUGGAAUUCCGAGAAACACGCACAACAAGCUGGAGGAACUCUCCAGGCCGGGCAGCAUCCAUGGAAAAAAAAAGAAAAGUCGAUCUUCGAGAGCCCAGCUAAUGGACUUUACAUCACCUCAUUGGCUCUAUCGCUCUUCCCUGUCAAACAUUCUUCACGCUUGAAUGACAGUGUUUUGUCGAACCGGUUUGGAUUUGAUUUCAGCCGAACGGUCGCUCCCGGUUCUGAGGAAUGUUCCCGGACAGGCAGCUGCUUGCUCGCAGACCCUGAGCACCGAGUUACACCGAACAAUGACCCGCAUCUUCCAAAUCAUUCAAGCAUCUUCCCUCCUCCCCUUUCCAUUCCAGUCCUGAUGAAGGGACUUAGUCUGUAACGUUGACUGUUUACACCCAUCCAUAGAUGCUGCCUGACCUGCUGAGUUCCUCCAGUACUGUGUGUGUUAUCAUGGUUACGAGAGAUCCGUGUGGGGCGGUGGGCGGGGCUAUUUGUAAGAGACGAUGCACAGUAUCCGCACUGUCAAAAUAUUCUGGAGUGUUAAAGUGAGAAUAAUUCCGCCUCUGAUAUUUAUUUCGGAACGUUAUUUCCAUACAGCCGGUUGUCUCUGCAUUGGAUCAGCGAACAAGGAAAUAUCUGUUCUUUUAAGCCACUUCUGACUCUGGUGACUUUUGUGUUCCAACUGUUUCCUGCUGGCAUGAUUUACAUUUUCCACAGGUUAGGUGAAGAUUGAGAUCAGCUCGAGAACAAUGGCCACCUGUUUCAAAACAAGGAUAUGGGAUCUGUACAGCAAUCUCCUGUUCUCUUUUCAGAGUUUCUAAUUUCAGACAUAUACAUCUAUUGCUGCUGUGAGUGUGAGCAGCAGCAGUUUCGUGUGGUCCAGCUAUGUGUAUCGGUGUGUUGACUAGAAAAGCUCUGACAAUUUAAUUAUUGUAAAUGAGUAUAAUGACUACAUGCGAAGUCAGAACCUCUGCAGAUGUGAGGUGGAAAAUCUAUGGACUGGCUGCAUUAUGGACUGGUCGGGGAACCCCAAUGCCUUUGAGAGAAAAUCCUACCAAAGGUAGAGGAUUUGGCCCAGUAUUGCACGGGUAAAGCUUUCUCAACCACUGAGCACAUCUACAUGAAACUUUGCUGUAGAAAGGCAGCAUCUGCCAUCAAAGAUCCUGACUGCCCAACCAGGAAAUGCAUUUCUCUCGCUGCUGCCAUCAGGUAGAAAAUACAAGUGCCUCAGGAUGCACACCACCAGGUUCCAGACCAGUUACUGUCCUACAAACAUUUGGAUGUGACUGUACAAGGCUUGAGCAGUAAGUUCGCAGAUGACACAAAAUCAGUAGAUGUUGUUCACGGUGAAGAUUAUCGUAGCUUAUAGGGGGAUCUAAAUGGGCAGAGAAGUGGUAAAUAGAUUGCAAAACCUACACGACCAGCAACGGCUCCAUGCAGAGGCUGGUGAUUAUGUGAAGGGAAGUGCCAGAGGAAGUGGAUGAGGCAGGCACGAUUGUAUAAUUCCAGAGGCAGUUGGGAUGUGUAGAUGGAGUGAAGAGGCCCGGGGGGGGGAAGGGCCGAUCACAGGAAAUUGGGACCAUCUUGGUGAACACUGUUAUCAGCAUUGUCUCAUUGGGCUGAAAGGUACGUAAAGUGCUCUGUUGCUAUGUAACUCUAUCAGUAGAUGCACUGGACAGACAUACCGACAUGGUGUGGGAGGUGAUAUAACAGGAAACGUUUUGUCCCUGUGCCAAUUGCUGCUCUGAUACAGGGAUGGAGAUACUGUCAUAUUUACAAAGUGGUCAUUCUCUCUGUGACUCGCUGUCUGCUUGUUUGUGUAAUUCAGGGCAUCACCAGCAGGUGGAGAUGUCCCGCGCUGGGAUCAGAGCGUAAACAAGAAGACGACAAUCAACAAUCUUCAGACACAAUCAGAAUGGCUACAGGUGAGAAAUUCAAUUGGGUACAGAAAGUACUCAAGAGGCUUUUACCAGGCGGAUCUCCGACGGAAGAUGAUCGACAUAGGUGAAGCAAGAUACCAAAGCAGGGUUAGAUUGAGAGCAAUGUCCCAAUGGAAUACAAUCCGGCCACAGCGGAAGUGGAUCAAAUUCAGCCCAGAGACAGUGACGUCAGAAACCUCAAUCAACAGCCUGGAACCGGCACAAGUGAGGCGACUGCCUGUCAGCUCGGAAGCUCAUUAAACACGGAAUUGUCAAGUUCCCAACAAGGAGCGGAGCCAGAGUUUGCAAUCUCCGACCUCCUGGCAGAGGGGGAGGAGUAUCGAUUGUAUCAACUGACAAAGUUCUACAGGGACAGACUCAAACAUGCGAUUGAAGAAAAGGUUGAAAGACUCGGUUGGAUGUUAACAAAGGAGGGACAUUUCAGUAGAGAAGAAAAUGAGAAAGUCACUGAACUGACAGAGCAGGGAAACCGGGCAGAGAGUUCCAGACUCUUCCUCAGUUUGGUGAAUGGCAAAGGAUCCCAGGCCCGGAGGGCGAUGUGGGAAUCCUUUGUGAUGUGGAGAACUGAGUUACCGAAGUUGGACAGAAUUCUGAGGGAAAUACAAGAGCUCGGUCCUGAUCCACAGGAAUACUCGAGCAUCGGCCAAGGGUUACCUGAGUUACCCACGGAACUGAUAGAUGUUCAACAGAAACACAAGGAGACUCUGCGGACACAGACUGAAACACUGAGAGUGAACACGAUCCUGAUGAGGGAGAAGGUGAAGGUUUUCCAGCUGGUUGAUCGAUACGCUGAGCUCACGGUCAUUUCUACCAUUCGUCAUCGGAGACUGGUGGAACAUGAGCUGCUUGCAAGAGGCAGAGACCACGAGGAGUGGAGAGAGAAACAUCUCCGCAGAGAGCUGGAAAAAAUCCGGACUGAUCAGUUGUUCCAGAGCAGCUUUUCCCGAAGUAAAUCCAAAUCUGGGAGUUCUGCUGCAGUGGCCGGAGUCGCGGGGAUUGGGAAAACAACAAUGGUACAAAAGAUUGUUUAUGACUGGGCCACGGGGAAAAUAUACCAACAGUUCCAGUUCGUCCUCAGUUUCAGGUUCCGUGAUUUAAACACGAUCAAUUGUACAAUAAACCUCGCGAACCUGGUGCUGAGUUUUUAUCCUUACCUUGGGAAUGUUCUGAAAUCACUGUGGAAGAACCCAGAGGGAUUGCUGUUUAUAUUCGAUGGUUUGGAUGAAUUCAAUGACAGAAUUGAUUUUACUGACAGCCGGAGAAACACAGAACCUCGGUCCACAUGCACAGAUCCGGAAUUCCGGUGCAAGAUACCUGACAUUGUGUACAGUUUAAUCCAGCACAAGCUGCUCCCAGGGUGCUCAUUGCUGGUGACCACACGCCCCACUGUGUUACAUUUAUUGGAAAAGGCUGAGAUUAGUGUCCGGGCUGAAAUCCUGGGAUUUUCCGGUGAGGAACGGAAGGAAUAUUUCAUCAGGCAUUUUGAAGAUCAGACAGUGGCGGAAGCUAUUUUCAAACACGUGAAGGAGAACGAGAUCCUGUACACCAUGAGCUACAACCCCUCCUACUGCUGGAUCCUCGCUCUGGCAUUGGGUCCCUUCUUUACACAAAAUGUCAGGGACCCACAGCGAGUUCCCAAGACCAUCACCCAACUGUACUCCUACUAUAUUUACAACAUCCUGAAAAACCACGGCCGAGAGAUCGAGAACCCCCGUGAUGUGUUACUCAGGGUUGGUCAGAUGGCCUUCAGAGGAGUGUUCGAUAAGAAGAUAGUGUUUACAAAUGGAGAUUUGAUCAACUACGGUCUGCAGCCUUCCCAGUUCCUGUCCGGGUUCCUGAUGGAGCUUUUGGAGAAAGAAGAUUCUGCCCUGAGUGUGGCGUACACAUUCCCACACCUCACCAUCCAAGAGUUUAUAGCUGCAGUAGCACAAUUCCUGAAUCCACAUCCCGGGGAUAUUCUGAAAUUCCUCACUGAAGCCCAUAACACGUUUGAUGGGCGAUUUGAGGUAUUUCUCCGUUUUGUUGCUGGUCUCUCCAACCCAAUGACAGUUUGGGGACUGGAGGAGUUUCUGGGUCGAUUUCCUCAUCAAACAACCUGCCGGGUGAUUGACUGGGUGAAGGAGGAGGUUAAACGCCAGAUUGGAAACGCGGGGAAUGAAGCUGGUAAAAUGAUCCUCCUGAACACAUUGCACUACCUGUUUGAGUCUCAGAAUCGUGGGCUGGCUCAGGACACACUGGAAUCUGUGGAAACACUUUCAUUCAGUGGAAUGACACUGACCCCGAUUGACUGUGCGGUCCUGUCUCAUGCCAUCAGAUUCUGUGAUAGAAUAAAACACCUCGACCUUUUGGACUGCCACAUUCAGUCUGAAGGAAUCCAGCGGCUGGGACCCGGGCUGCACAAGUGCCAGGAGUUGAGACUCGGGGGGAGUCAACUGGGAGAUUCAGGAGUGAAACUAGUGUCUGCGGCUCUGAGGAACCCGGAGUGUAAAAUACAGAAACUGGGGCUGAUCCGUGUCGGGCUCACAGAUUCCGGGGCCGAGGAUCUCGUCUCCACUCUCAGUACAAACACAUCACUGACGGAGCUGGACCUGAGUGCAAAUAAACUGGGAGAUUCAGGAGUGAAACUGGUGUCUGCGGCUCUGAGGAACCCGGAGUGUAAAAUACAGAAACUGGUGCUGACCCGCGUCGGUCUCACAGAUUAUGGUGCCGAGGUUCUCGUCUCCGCUAUCAAUACAAACCCAUCACUGACGGAGCUGGAGCUGAGUGCUAAUGAACUGGGAGAUUCAGGAGUGAAAUUGGUGUCUGCGGCUCUGAGGAACCCGGAGUGUAAUAUACAGACACUGGGACUGUCCAACGUCGGUCUCACAGAUUCUGGGGCCGAGGAACUUGCCUCGGCUCUCAGUACAAACACAUCACUGACGGAGCUGGAGCUGGGUGCUAAUGAACUCACAGACCGAUCUGUCCCCGCUCUCCGCCGCCUCAUACUGACUGUCCCGAGUCUGGAGGAGAUCAGGGUGGACGGGAAUGAGUUCAGUGAGACCGGGGUGAAGGAACUGAGAUCUCUGCAGGGAGUCAGACCCGAGCUGAGAGUGUUCUGUGAACAUCUGAAUGUGGGAACAUCCCCGCCGGCGGGAUGGGGACUUUCUGGUAGAUUCCCCGCCCUCCUGUUUAACAUACGCCCUCCACUUUAACACCCGCCCUCAUCUUUAACUCCCGUCCUCCACUUUAACACCCACCCUCCCCUUUAACACCCGCCCUCACCUUUAAUUCCGGCACUCACCUUUAACUGCCGCCCUCCCCUUUAACACCCUCGCUCCCCAUUAAAACCCGCCCACCCCUUUAACUCACGCCCUCCCCUUUAACCCCCGCCCUGCCGUUUACUUGCCGCUCGCCAGGUUUGAUUCUCAACGGUUUCAACGGAAAUGCCUCCUGUCUCGAGCUGUGUCUCGUUCGAUGUGCACCCGCAGUGACGUAAUUGCGCUUCCUGUCGAAAGUCAGCGCUGCUUCCGCCGGAUGUUCGCGUACGACAUCCCACGUGACACCCCGGGGAAUGACACAAACAGGAAGAUCCUGAGCAUAGCGGUUUUGUAUCUAGGACAACUGCGUCCCGGGAAGGAUUAUCCCCAAAGUGAAUAAUUUUGCUCCCUGUGCUGGGGACGGUGCAUUCUGCAGUCUGGCCGAUAUAAUAUAACCAUAUAACCAUAUAACAAUCACAGCACGGAAACAGGCCAUCUUGGCCCUCCUAGUCCGUGCCGAACCCUUAAUCUCACCUAGUCCCACCUACCCGCACUCAGCCCAUAACCCUCCACCCCUUUCCUGUCCAUAUACCUAUCCAAUUUUACCUUAAAUGACACAACUGAACUGGCCUCUACUACUUCUACAGGAAGCUCAUUCCACACAGCUAUCACUCUUUGAGUAAAGAAAUACCCCUCGUGUUUCCCUUAAACUUCUGCCCCCUAACUCUCAAAUCAUGUCCUCUAGUUUGAAUCUCCCCUACUCUCAAUGGAAACAGCCUGUUCACGUCAACUCUAUCUAUCCCUCUCAAAAUUUUAAAUACCUCGAUGAAAUCCCCCCUCAACCUUCUACGCUCCAAUGAAUAAGAGACCUAACUUGUUCAACCUUUCUCUGUAACUUAAUUGCUGAAACCCAGGUAACAUCCUAGUAAAUCGUCUCUGCACUCUCUCUAAUUUAUUGAUAUCUUUCCUAUAAUUCAGUGACCAGAACUGCACACAAUAUUCCAAAUUUGGCCUUACCAAUGCCUUGUACAACUUUAGCAUUACAUCCCAACUUCUGUACUCAAUGCUUUGAUUUAUAGCGUUCCAAAAGCCCUCUUCACCACCCUAUCUAAAUGAGACUCCACUUUCAGGGAACUAUGCACAGUUAUUCCUACAUCUCUCUGUUCUUCUGCAUUCCUCAAUGCCCUACCAUUUACUCUGUAUGUUCUAUUUGGAUUAUUCCUGCCAAAAUGUAGAACCUCACACUUCUCAGCAAUAAACUCCAUCUGCCAACGUUCAGCCCAUUCUUCUAACCAGCAUAAAUCUCCCUGCAAGCUUUGAAAAUCCACCUCAUUAUCCACAACACCUCCUACCUUAGUAUCAUCGGCAUAUUUACUAAUCCAAUUUACCACCCCAUCAUCCAGAUCAUUUAUGUAUAUUACAAACAAUUAAUGAUGUUAAAUUGACAAAUACAGACACAACAGUGUCCCGGGGAGGAUUAUCCCGGGAGAGAAUGAUUUUGCUCCCUGUGCUGGGGACGGUGCAUUCUGAGAUCUGGCCGAUAUGAUGAUGUUAAAUAGACAAAUACAGACACAACAGUGUCCCGGGGAGGAUUAUCCCGGGCAAUCGUGGAAAAAAGGACAGCCGAUGUUUCGGACCGAAACUCUUCGCCAGCACUGGACAGGAAUGAAGCUGAGGAGUGGAUAUGAAAGGUGAUUGGAUGGGAGACAGAUACACCAGGCGAUAGGUGAAUCUUGGAGGGGGAAGGAUGAAACGAAAGAUGCAUCGUUUCCCCGAUGCAGAGUGACGCUGAGAAACGGGACUGAUUAUCCAAACGGUCACUCGUUGUGGCCGGUCAGUUAAUUGUGUGUGACUGUGAGUGAGUCGGAAGCAGCUUAUUUAUUCCCGCACGUCAGCAGCUCACACAUUGUGUAUUUACAAUUGGCAAGAUGAAAUCAAUAAACAGCUGUACCUUCCUG